CCUUUAAUCUUAUCUGAAUUUACGGCGCCGUGGCGCCUUCGUCUUCCCCCCAGGUGGAUCAUUCUUUACAGGCAUGUGCGGCCGGCACGUGCCGCGAUGGAGCCGCGUCUGCUCGUUUACCGGCUGCGCACGUGCACUAACCUCAGACAGGUGAAGCAGGUGCACUCUUUCUUGGUCGCGUCCGGCGUGCAGGAAAAUUUCGGGGGAGCUAUGGUGUUGAAGAUGGUCGAUAUGGGCCUGCUGGAAUAUGCGCAGCAAGUAUUCGACGAAAUUCGUCAGCCAAAUGUGUUCGUGUCCAACUCGCUGCUUUCUGGUCUUUCAUGGUCGGGAUUGAAGGAGAAAGCAGUGAGGUGCUUCGUGUCGAUCCACCGUAAGGACCACCUGCUCAAUUCAUUCUCGUUUUCGCCUGUUUUGAAGGCGUGUGCGGCGAUUCCGGAAGUGCAUGCAGGAAAGCAGAUACAUGCGUUGAUAGUUAGAAUGGGUUUCGGCUCGAACGUGGUCGUCCGAACGGGAUUAGUCGAUUUCUACGGGAAGCUAAGGGAUAUGGAUUCCGCUGAGUGCGCUUUCAAUGAGAUAUUGUGGAAGGACGUGGUCUCUUACAACGCAUUGAUAUCUGGGUUCUCGAAGAAUGGAAGAAUGGAGGAUGCUCGUCGAGUGUUUGAUGAAAUGCGGGAGAGGAAUGUGGUGACUUGGAAUGCGAUGAUAUCUGGAUAUAUGCAUAAUGGGAAGCACAUGGAGGGAAUGGAAAUGUUCGAGCGCAUGUGUGUUGAAGGAGUGGAGCCAAGUGAAGUCACUUUGGUGACGGCAUUGUCUAUUGCUGCUAAGCUUGGAGAUCUGGAAAGGGGUCAGAGGAUUAAGAAUUUCAUUGACGACAUUGGAUUCAAGAUGAGCAUGAUUUUGUCAACUGCGGUCAUGGAGAUGUAUGUGAAAUGUGGGUCGGUAGGUGAAGCGCGCAAAAUAUUUGAUGCAACUUCUGAGAGGGAUGCUGUUUUUUGGACUACCAUGAUUGCUGGAUACACACAGAAUGGGCAGUUUGAUGAAGCUAUCAUGCUAUUUGAUCAAAUGAAGGAAGAGAAAGUAAAGCCCAACGAGGUUACACUUGUUAGUGUGCUCUCUGCAUGUGCUCGCUCUGGAUCUGCAGACGUUGGUGACGAGUUGGGGACUUACUUAGAGAGUGAAGAUAUGAGCUCCAGUGUGUUUGUUGGAUCUGCAUUAGUGGACAUGUAUGCGAAAACUGGAAAGAUUGUAAAAGCUAGGCAAAUGUUUGAUAAAAUUACUCAUCGAGAUGUUGUAUCUUGGAAUGCCAUGAUUGGAGGACUUGCCAUGCAUGGGCUUUUCAGCGAUGUGGUCGAGCUAUUUGGACAGAUGCGAGAAUUAGCAAUUGAGCCCAACGAUGUAACCUUUGUUGGGUUGCUAACUGCUUGUGUGCAUGCAGGUCUAGUUGAGAUGGGCUGUCGAAUUUAUGACUUCAUGGAAACUGAUUUUGGGAUCAUUCCUCAAAUUGAGCAUUGUGCUUGCAUCGUUGAUCUCUUCUGCCGGGCUGGGCUGGUGAGAGAUGCUUAUGCGUUCAUAAGAAAGAUGGUUCUAAAGCCUAAUGCUGUUAUAUGGGGUACACUGCUGAGUGCUUGCAGGAUCUGCAACGAUGUAAAGUUGGCUGAGUUUGCGGCCAAGGAGCUGAUGAUAUUGGAACCCAACAACUCGGGGAAUUAUGUACUCCUGUCAAACAUAUAUGCAAAUGCUGGCAGGUGGGAUGAUGCAGUGAGGUUGAGGGCCUUGAUGAAGGAGAAAGGAGUACAGAAGAAUCCAGCUUAUAGUUGGAUAGAGGUAGAAAACGUUGUUCAUAAGUUUUUGGUUGGUGACACAUCGCACCCUCAAUCGGAUGAAAUUUAUUGUGCCCUCGAAUGCCUGGGCCUUGCCAUCGAAGAGAGCAAUGAAUAUAUGUCUCUUUCUAGAUGAAUCGUGUUAUAAUAUUAAUAUGCGUUCGGACCCCAUGUGUCUCCCACAAAGCAUCAAGCGAAGAGGUUAGGUACAAUGCAUCUAAGAGAACCCUGAGAUAUUCAAGCUUUAAAGCUCAUUAUUUCGGGUCGACAAGAAGCCGAGGAAUGUAUGGCAUAUAAUAGCAACUAGGAGGUGAAGCUGACGCUCCUAAAGAAUCUCUUGUUUCAUGAAAUCAAUUACACUGUUUUGCAAGCUCCAUUUGCAUAGGCUGUAUCACGCCAACUCAUGUACACUGUUGAAGCAGCAAACGCCAUGGCUUCUAGUCAAAGGGAAGUCGCCACUAGAGUUCUUCAAAGGUAAACUCUUGCUUUAGGAUCAUCAACAGACACAGGAUUGGAGUAGUCGAACUACAAACCAGGUGCUUGAGGUUGCAUUUAUUGCAAUGGUGUCAACAAAGUGCACAGGUAAUGCAAGGUCUUACAGCAGGUUGGAAUUAGUAUGUGUUCAACAGAGAGAGAGAGAGAGAGAGCACGUCCGGAAAGUGCCAAAGAUAUGAUGCCGAAGAAGUUAUUGCUUUGCCUUACCCAAAUGAGCCAAAAGCGUUGGAAAAGUUGAAAGAAAUUGAAUGCUUAUCUCCUUCUAGGUCUCCACAAUUUGGUAGACUGUGCUGAAAAUUCUUUUUUUGGAUAGGUGAAAGGGAAAAACCCCCCUUCAGAACCGUAGGUUAGCUGGCCUUCGGUUGGUGAAACCUUUGGUGUCUCUUUCUUGCUAGAGAGUACAUAUAGCUCCAACCUUGUGGGAUGGGAUGCUAUAUUUCUACUUGGAUCACUUAUUCAGAGACUAGAGUCCAGCAGAUUUGCAGUGAAGGAACGCUACCAGCUCUUGUAUGAGUAAACCUCUUCCCUCGUUGCUGUGAUCAAAGCCCUCGUGAUCGAGGCUUUCUUGCGGAAGGUUUACUUGUUAUCAGGUGUGGAUCAUUCUCUUGAGAAAAUCCCAGGAGAUCUUAGUGUAUGAGAAAGCUAAAGAAUAUGGCAUACUGUAUAGAAUAUCAAAGACUUGUUACUGCAGAAAUACUUGAUAAACUGUAAUGUUGAAAAUCAGGAAAACGUUUUGUAUCAGGACGCAAACACUUUCCAGUCCGAGCUCUAACAUCUAUAAAAAUGAAAUGUA